AUGAAAAUUAUAAUUCUUCUUGGACUCCUGGGAGCCACACUGUCAGCCCCACUUGUCCCACAGAAUCUUUUGUCCGCAAGCAACAGCAAUGAGUUACUGCUGAAUCUUCGCAACGCCCAGCUUGUGCCACUGCAGCUUCAGGGCCCGUUUGAUUCAUGGAUUCCUCCCUUCUCGGGGGUCCUGCAGCAGCAGCAACAGGCCCACAUUCCAGACCCCUCCCAGUUCUACUUACCAUCUCAGGACUGGUUGGCCAGACUGUUCCCAAACCAGAUGCCUUCCCCAGGACAGCUCAGUUUUGCCCAGGGGGCCCAGGCAGGCCGGCUGGACCCUUCCCAGGCUCCGACCCCAGUGCAGCCACAGCGAGGCCCUCACCAGGUGAUGCCCUACGUAUUCUCCUUCAAAAUGCCUCAAGAACAAGCACAGGUGUCUCCGUACUACCCGAUGUACAUGCUCCUGCCCUGGGAGCAGCCUCCACAAGCAGCCACACAGCUCCCUCCACAGCCGGGGCCACAGCAACAGCAGGAGCAGGUAUCACUAAUGAGGAUUUUUUUUCAUCUUCUGUGUUUUUAGGUUAUACCAGGAGGACAGCAGCUAGCCUUUGAUCCCCUCCUAGGCACAGUCCCGGAAAUGGCUGUGAUGCCAGUAGAAGGAGUGAUACCGUUUUUGCAAAAAGAAGUCAUAAACUUCAGGCACGACAAUGCGGGAGUUUUCGUGCCUCCAACUUCACCAAAGCCCAGCACAACUAAGCUUUCCACUUCCUCCGUAAACCCAACGGUUACCCCGGGGUUCCUGGAAGAGAAGGCCAAGACCGACAAACUGGAAGAACCAUAG